AUAUGUUAAUUUGUCAUUCACCCGACAUUUACAUGACUAUUUCGAUAAAAGUGCGAUUAGCAGUGUUGCUGCUCCGCCCAUAUCAAGUCAUGAACAAAUGAAUAUUCAGAAUAGUGAAAAUUUUGUUGACGAUGAUUUAGAAUUUGAUGAUGAUAAUGAUAACACUGAAGAAAUAGGAUCUUCUUCUAAAUCAUCAAAUAAUCAAAAAACUGGAGGCUUACCCAAAAAAAAGAAAAAACGUAAAUUUAUAGCUGAAGCGUGGCAAUAUUUUGACUUAGUAGGGUCUUCCGCAAUAUGCCAAGUUGAAAUAGUUGAAGAUGGAAAAACAAAAAAAUGUGGUCGCACAUAUGAUCGUUCUAACUCAAAUUCAACAACAACAAUGAACUAUCACAUAACACAAGAACAUGAUAUAGUCCUUCAAAGUUUGGCUAAAAAG